AUGCAAGCAGUUGAUACGCAAACACAGCCCUACCAGGACCCUCGGCGUCAGCCGCGCCACCCUCACUAUGUGCAGGCUAGCGGUUAUCAACUCGCGCCUUCUACCGGCAAUUUCCUAAUGCCAGAUGCGCAAGGCACAUUUACGUACUCUGCAGAACCGGCAUCCAUGGUUUACGAUGGGUCCAUGGUAUCGCAUCCCUCGUCCAGCACCCCUGGGCAAGACUCCAUCUUCACUCCAAACGUUGGAUCCUCUCUCGACUCUUCCUUAAAUCCGGAUAUGUCAUAUCCCCCACCGAACGUCUACAGCCAAUCUCAAAAUUACGGUUUCUCUCCAGGAUCCUACUACGGAAACGGCCAGAAUAUCUCACCCUCGCAUUCGAUCGAUCACAUCAGUCCAGAAGCUGGCUAUAUGAGCGAUCCAAACUAUCACGAUCCAAGCACCUACGCUACCCCGAACUUUAACGGACAGGUCCUCGAUGAGUUCUCCGGCCUAACGUUUGCUGAGAACAGUUCAACCAGCAAUUUUCCUGCGUUCCAGGAGCAUGUCGACAUAUCAGCCCUGACCUCAGGGUCUCUCAAUACAUACAACGCCCAGCCGAGCGUUCCCCUCAGUAAUACUUCACUAAACCCACACCAUCAAUUGCUGUCUCCAAGUGCGACAAACAAUUCUAGUCCAGCACUUGGCGAUGAGAGCUCAGCGUUCCCCUCCAUGCAGUACAAUGGAAAUAUGUCAACGCCACCAAAUCACGGCACUCAUCUACAUCAAGCAACUCCAAUCAAGCAAACUCAUAGCCCAGCCCUGACGAACAGUUCCGGAGAUCUAUCAAUGGCAAACCCUCGGCCUCUCACACGACAUCUGACAAGCCCCAUUGUGCGUGUAGAGAAUUACAGUAGAGAAGACUCACCUUCACGUUCCGACAACAGCAUGCCUGCCAGCAGGCAGAGCUUUAGCAGCCGCCGUUCUGGCAAUCACUUAUCACCUUACGCCCAUAACGAAACCUCUGAUGAGGAAGGGGACUCGCAGGAGCACGUACACGUGCGACCAGUCGUCCGCGGACCUGAACGCAAUGACGACGGUUCAUGGUUGCUGACAGGGGAUUCUGGGCAGAGCGGCAUUAAUCCGGACGAUCGACGUCGGAUGGGCGACGCGUGGAUUCCCAGCAUAGAGGAGAUUGCAGAACAACGAUCGAAGAACGAGAAGAAGCUGGAAGUACAAGAGUGGCUCACAAAGAGUGAAGUUGGCAGCGAAGCAGGCGAUGUGGGACCAUCAAACAAUCUGCUCAAGCCAAUCACGGGUAGACGUCGAGCAAAGAGUCAUAACGACGUUCAACGGCGGGCCCUCCCAAAUAGCUUCGGACUGGGUGUUCGUACCGACUUCGAUCGUAUAGACGACUCGGGUAUACCUGGGCCUGGCGUGUAUAUUGACGAACGGAGCGAUUACGGUGACUACGACUACGAUGACGAUGAAUCGGCAGAACCCGAAUCUCCACCCGCUGCGAUCGACGUCAAUGCGAGCCACGUCGAGAAUUCGUACUUUCCCCUCACGCAAGAAUCUAUAUCAAAGGAUGGUGCUGUUAUAAAACCAUGGGUAGAUGGACCCUCGCAACCCCAUCCUCCAAAUACUUCGGCUCGAUACCAGCCGCCCACAUCGAAUGCUGCAAUGAUGCGCUUCUUGGUGCGAUCGAAGGACGUCGAACAAGCUUCACUUGCAGCUACGGUUGGUUCACGGCGUCUCAGCGAAUCUGACAUUGGUAGUAUCCGUGCAGCUCCAGGUGUCAUCAAGGUUAUUGAACCUGAGCCGAGGAAGAGCAAAGAGCGACAACGUCGUCCCAGUUUCUUAGAAAAUAUUUUGCCCAAACGUACACCAAGCAAUCUGCUGCUUAAACGUAAAGGUAGCAUACCUGUACAACAGUCCGACACAGCUUCGGACAAGUCCAAAGAGCCGAUCAUCGAAAAGCCAAAGCGCAUAGGUAGCUGGGGUCGUCCGAAGUCGCCUCGAGUUGAUACGAACCUGAGCAAUCACAGCAAAGAAGCAGAGCCGCGUAGUUCUAUGGGUUUAUCUGCGGCUGCUGGACCAUGGUAUAAAGGUCCCAGGAACGUUAUCAAACGCAGCCGAAGUAGGAGUGAUAUCGGUCGGUCGCCAGGACUGGCUGAGCUGAUGACACAGCAUGGAGGCCCACCUAUGCCCAUGCUAGCCUCACCGCUUGCAGAUACAGAGGCGACGAAGCCAUCUGCACAGCCAAGCCCAGCAGGAGAUGACGACGACGACGAUCAAGACCCCGUCAGUAUGGAUCUCACGGUCCGCACGGACCCUAUUAUUCCCACGUACGACGGCUUCAGGGCUCAUGCUAGACAACUCAACCCUCGUCUAGCCGACUUUAUGGUUGAGCGCAUCACCCAAGAACAGAUGCGCAGAUACAAAAGGCUAUUGGAAUUCAAGGUCAAGCAUCUCAACGCCGUGCAGCACAAGAACUGUGCGUCAAGAGGGUUUUGCACCGAUCUUGGUGGCGAAGCAAAGCAGCUUCCUCCGAAAGCAGGGGCUAAGGAUGCCGAUACCCCCUUCAUCGGCUUCCAGGUUACCUUGCCUGGUUCUUCUGACGAUGAUGGUGAGCCUCCUAUGGAAGGAAAUGUCGCUCCUGCUGCAUUCCCUUCUGGUGUACCACUUCCUCCUGUCAAACGUUUACCAGCUGAGUUCGAAUGCCCCCUGUGCUUCAAGGUCAAGAAGUUCUACAAGCCAUCCGACUGGACCAAGCAUGUACAUGAAGACGUGCAACCUUUUACAUGCACCUUUCCCAAUUGUGGUGAACCCAAGUCAUUCAAACGUAAGGCAGACUGGGUUCGGCACGAGAACGAGCGACAUCGCCAGCUAGAGAAUUGGACAUGCCAGAUCGCUGAUUGCAACCACACAUGCUACCGUAAGGACAACUUUGUGCAACAUCUUGUUCGUGAGCAUAAGAUAGCUGAGCCACGACAACGUACCCGAGCCGCUAACAAAGAUGCACCAACUACAGGCGAUCAAGAUGAUAUUUGGGUCAUUGUUGAACGAUGUCGUCGUGACACCACCAAACAGCCGAAGGAUGAGCCUUGUCGGUUCUGUGGUAACAUCUGCAACAGCUGGAAGAAACUGACCGUUCACCUGGCAAAACACAUGGAGCAGAUCAGCAUGCCCAUUCUCACCCUUGUGGAUCAGAAGCAGCUCAAUGCAGACAGCAUUAUCAGUCCAGUGGUUGAGUUGCCCGAGAGCCGCAAGUUAUCCAUCACCCCAAGCCGCUCGCCAGUGGACAAUCCAUCGAGGUACAACCCUAAUGCAACGUAUGCGCCUGGUAUCGACCCCCGGAGUCUCUACCCUCAAGAAUCGAAAUCUCAAACAGGAUCCACGGGAAUGCAAACGUACCCGCCACCACAAAUGGCACCACCAUCGACUCAAACUAGCAGUUAUGCUAACUAUGCGGCAAGUAAUGCUGCGUACCACACAAACCAGACCUAUCCAGGCCUACAGGUUCCUCGGAAGCCACUCAAUGGCUAUGCGAACGGACUCCAAAUUCCAAAUCAGCCAUAUCAUAAUGGAAACAUACAAAGCGGACUACAGCAAUAUGGCAUGAAUCCUGUUAGUACUGUCCAACAGCAGCAGUCGAUGUACACAGACUCUCCGGUCGACACCACGAUUACACCUUUUCCUUCCUACUACACACAAGAGCCACAGGGCUUGACGACUGAGAUGCCUAACAUGGGGUUUGACACCAACAACACUAUGCAUUAUCAGCAGGGCAGCACCUACCCCGCCAUGUCGUACUUGACCGCGCAACACAAUUAUCAAUACCAGCAUCAGCAAAUCAUGAAGGAGGCGAACAUGUCUCACCAAAACCUAAAUGGGAGCUAUUCACAACCCUAUAGCAAUCUUCCCUCGACCAGAUAUCAGUACAAUGGACGAAUACCUGACUUGCAUAUCGAUACUGUGCCGGCCGAGUCAUGGCAACCCUCUCAACGGCCACGGAGUGCACAGGAUGUACGCAUUCGGAGGCCCAUCUCAUCGGGGUCUGCAAACACAGCAAGAAAUACACAGCAGCUAAGAGACUCUAAUUAUAUGAUUUAUUCUCAGGGCUUUUCGCCUGUAGAAGGUGGCAUCGGAUUCGACCUGACCAGGGACUCAUCUUUUCUCGAUCCAAACUAUGUACCUCAUUAUUACGACACAAAUGCGAGCCGAAUGCCCGAACCAGCAUGGAGUCCAUUCAAUCUCAGGAAUCCCCAAUCCAGUGGAUCUCACGGCCCGCCACGUCAACUAAAUACGAACUUCCGGCUCUCAUAUGGCCCGAAGUCUGAUAUUGGCAGUCAGGCUUCACCGUCUGAUGAAGGGUACUUCUCGCACAACACUCGAUCCGUUGUCAGCAAUGACCCCGAUUGUGUCAAUCAAGAGCUACCAGCAGGCUUUCUGUCCAAUAUGGACGGCAUGAACGUCGAGUCUGUCACUAGCGAAGCUCCUACAAUGUCACGGAUGCCUUCAGAUCAGCUAUCGCUCGUCAGCAGUCGUAGUGGCAAGUCAAAGAAAGCGUACCAUUGCCCUCAAUGUUCAGAGAUACUCAAGUGUAAUUCAGAGUUUAAGAAACACAAGCUCAAACACGACAAGCCCUUCAAGUGUGAGAUACCUGGCUGCAAGCGGAUAGAGGGCUUUACAACAACAAAUGAUCUCGAUAGGCACCAAAGGAGUCUACAUCGAAAGGGUAUCGACAAGAAAUCUUACAGAUGUGCAGUAGAGAACUGCAGAAACAAAGAAAAGACGUGGCCGCGUCUAGACAACUUCAAGCAGCAUGUAGAGAGGAUGCACAAAGAUGAAAACGUCCUUGAUGUCAUAGAAAGAUCAAUAUGCCGCCCAAAGAACGCUGACACUCCGAUGGAGGAAGCCAGCGUUACACCAAUGGACAUUGAUAUUGCAGUAUCAGGGAUGGAGAAUUCCUUCUCAGUCAGUCCGACCAUAACCAUGCCGCCCGUGCUGGACUUCCUUCCGCCACAGAGUGCCAGACAUUCAUUCUCGUCUGGACCAAGUUCCAACCCUGUGGGAAACAUACAAUCACUGUCUCGGCCGUCUAGAGCUGGGCGCACCUCAGCACCUCACAAUGCUGGUAUUCAGAAAAUGCAAAAGUCCUCACGCUCUCGAUAUCACGCACCGGGAGUGUCUUCCCAGCCAAUACAGAAGCCUCUGCUUACCACCAAGACGGCUUCUCGCGUAUCUGGAAGAAACAGCCUCAAACUUGAACAGUCUUCGUCCCAUUCUGCACUAUCCAAUGCCCCACAGACUAAGGCUGAGCAACAAAAGGAGCUUAAAAAGAAGUCUGAGCGACAGUCACACUCACCGAGCUCUGUGGACCUCGAAAGCAUCAUGUUGGAGAUGAUACAGAAAGCCAAGGACCAGGCCGAAUGCGAAGACAGAUCUGAAGAGCAAUCGAGGCCGGAGAAGAAUGCGGUAUUAAUGGACAUGGUAACGAAGCUUCUGAACAAAGGCCCAGUAUCUUCUCAUACAGGACAGCGUCGCAACAGCAAAGACACGCUUCAUAAUGAUAAGAAAUGCCCGUACCCCGGUUGCGGAUUCGCAGUCGCUCGUGAGUGCGAUCUGCGCAAACACAUGAAACGACACGAUCGGCCUUAUGGCUGCACAUAUCCCAAGUGCCACAAACGAUUCGGCGCAAAGUCGGACUGGAAGCGCCACGAGAACAGCCAGCACUUCCAACAGGAAGCCUUUCGUUGCGAUGAGACACUUCCGACAGGCGAAGUUUGCGGUGUGCACCUCCACCGAGAAGGAGCAUUCAGAAACCACCUAGAGACGCAGCACAAGACCCCAUGCGAGGAAUCCCAAAAGCGCUUAGACAAUAGCAAGAUUGGAAAGAACUGCCAAGGCUCUUUCUGGUGUGGUUUAUGCGGGGUUGUAAAGCAGCUCAAAGAACGGCGCAAUGCAGCAUGGGAUGAGCGGUUUGAUCAUAUUGCGUAUCACUUCGAGAAGGAGAAGAGAAGCAUCGAUGAUUGGAUAUGUGCUGAGGAGAACCGACUGAAAAAGGACUUGCUUGAAGAGAAGUUGAAAAGAGAACGCUUCGAUGAUGAAGAUGAGAGAGAGAAGGAUGGUGAUGUAGAUGCUGUUGGAGACGACGAUGACGCCCCGCAGCCGCAACCACAGCUUCGUCGACACAACAUGUCUGGUAUGUUGACGCCGAUGCCGAUGCCAAUACAUGCGACGACGACAUCCCCACCGCCUCCACCUGGCUUUGCGAAGGCGAGUAAGAGGAAACGGUCAGUUGAAGACGACACAUAUGCCCCGCGACCGCCAAAGCGCAAGCAAACUACGCUUAUAAUGAACCGCUACUGUCUCUCGAGAAGUUCCGUGACGCGGCCUUGCGACCAACAACCUCACCUUGCUUUAUCUUCUCCUGCAAACAUGGCUGCCGCCGCAGAUGACGGGCAGCUCCUCAAGCAGGCGACUGGCCGCAACACUCGAGGCUUGCUUCGAGUGAUUAUCCUGGUCCUCAUCGCUGCCGCUGCAGUAAGCAGCCGUCUGUUCUCCGUGAUUCGCUUUGAGAGCAUCAUCCACGAGUUCGAUCCGUGGUUCAAUUUCCGAGCAACGAAAUACCUAGUACAGAAUGGCUUCUACAGCUUCUGGGACUGGUUCGACGACCGAACAUGGCAUCCUCUUGGGCGAGUUACUGGUGGUACUCUCUACCCAGGACUGAUGGUCACCAGCGGUGUCAUCUACCAUUUCCUCCGCGCCAUCAGCCUUCCUGUUGACAUUCGAAACAUCUGUGUCCUGCUCGCCCCCGCCUUCUCAGGCCUCACCGCGCUCGCCACCUAUCUCCUGACCUCCGAGAUGGUUCCAUCCCCCUCCGCUGGUCUGCUCGCCGCAGCCUUCAUGGGCAUCACGCCCGGUUACAUUUCGCGAUCCGUUGCGGGAAGUUACGACAACGAGGCCAUCGCCAUCUUCCUGCUGGUCUUCACCUUUUAUCUGUGGAUCAAGGCGGUCAAGAACGGAUCAAUGUUCUGGGGCGCAAUGAGUGCCCUGUUCUACGGAUACAUGGUGUCAGCGUGGGGUGGAUACGUCUUCAUCACCAAUUUGCUGCCUCUGCAUGUUUUCGUCUUGAUCUGCAUGGGACGAUACAGCCCGAGGUUGUACGUCAGCUACACAUCGUGGUAUGCGCUCGGCACGCUUGCGAGUAUGCAGAUUCCCUUUGUUGGUUUCUUGCCUAUCCGCAGUAGCGAGCACAUGUCCGCGCUUGGUGUCUUUGGCCUCCUCCAGCUGGUUGCCUUUGUCGACUGGGUUCGCGCACAACUUCCCGGCAAGCAGUUCCAGACGCUGCUCCGCGCUCUUGUCCUCGGUGUCUUUGUCAUCGGUGUUGGAGGACUGGUGCUUCUGACCGUCUCCGGAGUCAUCGCGCCCUGGACCGGCCGUUUCUACUCGCUCUGGGACACCGGAUAUGCCAAGAUCCACAUUCCCAUCAUUGCCUCUGUCUCCGAACAUCAGCCUACCGCGUGGCCUGCCUUCUUCUUCGAUCUCAACUUCAUGAUCUGGCUCUUCCCCGCAGGUGUCUACCUGUGCUUCCAGACUUUGACCGAUGAGCAAGUCUUCAUCGUCAUCUACGCUGUGCUUGCCAGCUACUUCGCUGGUGUCAUGGUCCGUCUCAUGCUUACUCUGACUCCCAUUGUCUGCGUAGCAUCGGCAAUGGCCUUCUCCAAGAUCCUGGAUACUUACCUGGACGUCAAGACUCCCAAGCCUGUUACUGAGAACGGUAGCACUGAUGCUGUCUCAGUUGCCGCUGCAGCAGUGAUCCCCGAAGGUCUCCGAUCUACGCGCAACCCGCUCGUUGGAAUCUACUCAUACGCCUCCAAGCUUACCGUUGCCGGAGCCUCCGCCAUCUACCUCAUGCUCUUCGUCCUUCACUGCACAUGGGUCACUUCCAACGCCUACUCUUCGCCCUCUGUAGUGCUCGCAUCAAGGCUUCCUGAUGGCAGCCAGCACAUCAUCGAUGACUACCGUGAGGCAUACUACUGGCUUAGGCAGAACACCCCCCAGAACGCUAAGAUCAUGUCUUGGUGGGACUACGGUUACCAGAUUGGCGGUAUGGCCGACCGCCCUACCCUUGUCGACAACAACACCUGGAACAACACGCACAUUGCUACCGUUGGUAAGGCUAUGAGCUCCAGGGAGGAAGUCAGCUACCCCAUCAUGCGCCAGCACGAGGUUGACUACGUUUUGGUGGUCUUUGGUGGUCUUCUAGGCUACUCUGGCGAUGACAUCAACAAGUUCCUCUGGAUGGUCAGGAUCGCUGAGGGUAUCUGGCCUGAUGAGGUCAAGGAGCGCAACUUCUUCACCCCACGAGGCGAGUACCGCGUAGACGGUGAGGCCACCGAAACUAUGAAGAACAGCUUGAUGUACAAGAUGUCGUACUACAACUACAACGCACUGUUCCCCGCUGGACAGGCCCAGGAUCGUGUUCGUAACGCGCGUCUCCCCGCACAGGGCCCCGAGCUCAGCACCAUCGAGGAGGCCUUUACCAGCGAGAACUGGAUCAUUAGGAUCUACAAGGUCAAGGAUCUCGACAACUUUGGCCGCGAUCACCAAAGCGCUGUGUCGUUUGACAAGGGCCACAAGAAGAAGAGGUCCACCAAGAGAAAAGGACCUAGGGUCUUGAGAGUGGAGUAG